CUUUCCCUCCAGAAUCCCGCCCCCAAUUUUUCCCACUCCCUCCCACUGUCCACUGCCGCCCUCCAUCUCAUCCCUUCCCUCCAAUCCAUCUCUGAAAACCCCCCGAUCAUCACACAAUGCCCUCCCUCCCCGCUGAUUUCGAGGAAACCCAGCCCCUCGAUUCCCCUCGAUCCGUUGAUGGCGGCCGGUUGAUGGAUCGUCAUCUAUUUGGCGAGACUCAGGCGCUUGAUGAUCCGGAUUUUGAUGAUCUGGGGAUUUGUGACUGGGGUAAGACCCAAUUGAUCGACGAUGGUGACCAAGACGAUAUAGGAACGGAGAGAACUGUUGUGCAGAGUGAUAGCGAGGGUUUAUUGGAUGAUGGCACUAGCCAUUGUGGAGGAGAGACCAAGCUUGGUGUUGAUGGUAUGAUUUCAGAGAAGAAGGAACCUCCUGUGGAUUCAGAUGCUUCCACUGAUGAUGAGGGCUGCAAAGGGACACAUAUCUCUUCUUCAUUACUUCUAAAUGGAGGUUCUUGCAAGUCUAAUGGUCCUGUCAGGAGGAAUUUUACUUCAGUACGAGCGGCAUCUCUGCGGGCUUCUGCCCUUGCCGCUCGCAUUGCCGCUCCUAAGACAACUGGUAGUAAUCCAAACUCCUCUUGUAGUGACAGUGAGUCCAGUCAAAUGCAAGAAGAUCUUGUUAGCAGACUGUCUUGUAAACGGGUUCUUGAAUUUGAUAGCUCACCUAAUGCUGCAGCUGAUUUAAUAUCCUGCCAUGUUAAAACAGUUGAAGAAAGAGAUGAAACUAAGGGUAGGAGUGAUGAUAAUAGCAUAAUGAAAUCCUUUAAAGAGGUGACACCAGAGGAAGAACAAACGAUUGGUGGCAACUUGCAUGCAGGAUUGACUUAUGUUCAUUCACAAGAACCUGAAUCACAGUCCCAGGCUAAUGCAUUGGAUGUUGUGGACAACUUCUUGUUGAUUAAUGAGAUUGGAUUAUCUCAGGAUGUUAACACUGAAAAUGCUCAUAAAGUGCAGUUAACUCCAAUUUCUUGUGUGAAGGGGACACGAUCUUUGGCUCAGAAAGUUGAUCUGAGAAGUCCAGUUGGAAAGAGAGGGAUUUUUGAAUGGGUUGAUAGCCUUGAGGAUGACGGAGGAGGUGAUUUUUUCCGCAGAAAAAAAGACCUGUUCUUCAAGAAGAAAGACAAACGAAAAAAAUCACAGAGUGUUCCUGCAAAGGCUCGACGCCUUUGUUUGGGAACAACUGAAGAUGCAAUGCAUAGGGUUGUGGAGAAUAAAGAUUCAAUCCCCCGAAACAACUUGGAGACAAGAAUCUUUGCUUCUGAUUCAAAGCUGAUACUAAACGAUUCCCUAAUAAAUGAUAAAGCACUUGUUUCCAUUAAAGUAAAGAAGAAUCUUGACAAGUAUUUAGAUGAGCUAUCAAGUCCAAAGCAUCUAGAGCAGCAAUUGGAAGCAACUGGUGGCGGUGAAGAUGCAAUUAUGAAUGCUGUUGGUCCUGAUACCCAAAUGGCAGCCGAAGCCAUGGAGGCCUUGGGUCAAAACUUGUCAAUUAUUGGCUCAAAGGAUGAUGCCCUUCCAUUAUUUGGUAUUGCUGAAAAAUCUAGCCAUGACACAGUGAUUGAAGUGCCACCAAAGAGAGUCUUACGCCAGAGGAGGGUUUCAGAGAAUGUUGGAGUGGGUUCUGAAUGUAAAAGGGUGCCUCUAAAACGUCACUCAAAAGUAAGCAGGGUUGUCCAUAAUCUUUCUCCAGAAGGGCAGUCAAAUACAGGAAGCUUAGCCAAUGGAAAUGAAUCUUCUGCAUCUCUCAAUGUAGAAAAUAGGGUGUUGGACAGAGAUGCUUCUAGGGCCUUGAAAAUAAUUGAUAAUCCUGUUGUAAAUGGACCUGGAUCUAUGAUUCGAGAUUUGACUAGUCACUGUAACAGGUUAGAUGUUAAUAAGCUGCGUGAGGAGGACUCCAAUAUCAGAUCUCCAGCUAAAGAUGUGUUUCAUUGCCCCAAAAGGAGGAGAACUUGCCAUAGUAUUUCAGGUUCUGGUGCCUUGAAAGAUAACCCUUGUUUGAAGAACCAAUCAGCACUUGUCAUCGAUAUGCUGGCAACAAUUGUAAAUCCACCAACAGGGCAAAGGAAAAAAAUUUUCAUCAAAAGUGUUUGUGGAAUCCGUGAUUUAGCAAUUCAGAAGAGAAGAGCAGCUUUCAUGCACAAGAAAUCCUACUUUGAUACGACACCUCCUAACACUGAAAAAUCAUCCAGAGUAUCUGGUGUGAAGACAAGGUCAUCUAUGAAUUCAUCUUUAUUCAAACAUCAUCCAGAAAAGAAAGUCACUGGACGCCAAAGGGAAGCAAUUUUUAAUGAAGCUGGGUUAGCUGAUGCUGUUCACGAUGACUCUAUAGUGGCCACUAGUGAUAGGGCAAAUAAUACAGAAGCAACAUUAGGAAUGCAAGAUGAGGUUUCUAUUUGCCAUACAAAAGAUGGAGGAGAGUGUUCCAAAUCAGCGCACACACCCAAAGGAAAAGUUUCACUGUCUGCCCUGAAUUGUACAUCACCACUAAAAGAUGCAGAUGCAGUUUCCCCUGUUUGUAUGGCUCAAGACCCUUCAAGAAUCUCAAGCAAGAAAGGAUUCUCAAUGUUAUCACUUACCAGAGAGCUUACCAGAUUAGAUGCCACUUCAUCAACCCCAAGCCAGAUCUCGAAACAUUCACGUAGAAGAAAAGAUAUGGCCAGUGUUCAUGUCUUGUUCAGCCAUCAUUUGGAUGGGGAUAUAAUUAAACAGCAAAAGAAGAUCUUGGCACGCUUGGGGGCUCACUUGGCAUCCUCUAUGUCAGAUGCAACACACUUUGUCACGGAUAAGUUUGUACGUACAAGGAACAUGCUUGAAGCAAUAGCUCUGGGUAAACCUGUGGUGACCUAUAUGUGGCUUGAAAGUUGUGGACAGGCAAGCUGUUUUAUUGACGAGAAAAAUUAUAUAUUGAGGGAUUUUAAAAAGGAAAAAGAAAUUGGCUUCAUCAUGCCUGUCUCUUUGGCGCGUUCAUGCCAAAGCCCACUCUUGCAGGGGAAAAGAGUGUUUAUAACACCAAAUGUAAAACCUAGCCGAGAAGUUGUUGCAAGCUUGGUUAAAGCAGCUCAAGGCCUGCCAAUAGAGAGGAUCGGGAGAAACACGAUAAAGGAUGACAAACUACUAGAUGAUCUCUUGGUCCUCUCCUGUGAAGAAGAUUACCCGACGUGCAUACCUUUACUUGAAAAAGGAAUGGAAGUUUUCAGCUCAGAACUAGUACUGAAUGGCAUAGUAAUUCAGAAGCUGGAGUAUGAAAGGUUGGUAGUUUUAACAAAUUCAUCAGAUCAGACUGAACUUCUCUUUUUAGAGUCUAAGAGGACACGGUCUACAGUGUGGUUAAGAUCUGGCUCACAGUUCAUCCCUGUAACCAAAUGUUCAUGAUAUGUUGUAAGCUCAAUCCCCUCAAUCCCCUGCCUGUUUUUGCCUUACCUUUUAAACUCCUCUAUAUCUAUCUAUCUAUCUAUCUAUCUAUCUAUCUAUCUAUCUAUCUGUGUUGUGUUUUUUUCUUCAUGUUUAUUUAUGUAAAAUAUAUAUACAUAUAAUACAAGGCAAACCAGAAGAAUCAAGUUGUUUGUUUGAGUAGGAUGUCUUGUUUGCAAUCAA